CCUACCGUACCGCCUCACUUAAAUAUCAUCGCCGUUUGUCUUCUUGCUCAACUGUUCCAAAUCCCAGGAUCACAGCAAAGAUUCCCUUCACCAUAGCACGAGCCUCCGGCUCCUGCCGAGCCGUCCAAGCCGAAAUAGCCACGCUAGGGAACCAGGUCCAUGUAACGCUUCGUAAUCAAUUGAAUGAAGGAAGCACAGAGGGCGAGCCAGCGAGCGAGUGAAGGAAUAGCGCCUCCCGACACCCGUAUAUAACAGCAAUUCAAGAACUGCGCUUCCCCACAAUCUUCCCAGUACAAGCUCUAGACGGUCUCGACUCAAAGGCAUGGAUAAAGUAAGUGCUUCGUGUAAUUAGACUCAACCACCUUCUCUGAUUCCCCAUAUAUACCCACCAGAACGUCAAUCAAGCAGAGCAGCAGCACCGUUGGCUUUUAAGAUGUUUAGUACGGGAGAAUAUUCUGCUGCUGCCUUCGAAGGCAUGGACUCGCUCCCGAGCCCAAGGAAGAAGAAGAACCAGCUGGUGAACAGAAGAAGGUUCAGUGAUGAACAGAUCAGGUCACUGGAGUCUAUCUUUGAAUCCGAGUCGAGGCUAGAGCCUCGGAAGAAGCUGCAGCUCGCUAGGGAAUUGGGGCUGCAGCCCCGCCAGGUGGCCAUUUGGUUCCAGAACAAGAGAGCCCGAUGGAAGUCCAAGCAGCUGGAGCGUGACUUCGCCAUUCUUCGCGCCAACUACAACGCCCUCUAUUCCCGGUUCGAGUCUCUCAAGAAAGAGAAGCAAUCCUUGGUCACUCAGAUUGAGAAACUAAACCAACUCGUCGAGAAGCCGCAAGGAGAGGGCCAGAGCUGCGGGCAUGAUUUGGCAACGAACAGCACCGAUCGCGAAUCCGACAAUGGGGUUCCCAAGCAUGAAGACAGUCAGCCUGUAUUUCCGGAUAAACUAACGCGUUUGAUGGGAAUCCCAUGUGAGGAUGACUACUUUGGCCUAGAAGAGGAGCAGAGCCUCCUAAACAUGGCCGAACCCGAUCCUGAACCUGCCCCUGUGGAUAGUUCCUUGACAUCACCUGAGCCGUGGGGCAGCCUGGAGACUGAUGAUCUUCUCAAUCAAUCGUCCGGCAGUUCGCAGUGGUGGGACUUCUGGUCUUGAGCUGAAUGGCCCUUUAGAACAGAUUACCCGACGAUAUCCCCAAGGAUGAGCUGCUCUCUUCAGUGCCUCAGACUCCAGAGUGCCAGUAGCGUGGUCAUAAGGGCUUCAUUAGAAGGAACUGUUGCUCCUAGUGCACGCACUUUCCUUGAAUAAGCAUCCCAAGAAAGAGGACAUGAAAUCAAUCGACAAUCCCUGAGGGGGAGUUGCUGCUGCAGCUAGUGGUAAUUUAAAGAUACAGAGCACUGACGCAUACCCGGUGCCACGAGUCAGCACAAGGGAGAACGUCCCACCGACAUGUAAAUAACAAUGUCCAAGACUCGUCUAGUGAGGAGGAUUUUUGUGCAUGUUACUUCAGUAGGGUAGCAAACCAUUUUCUUUCAUUUUACCCCUCUUUGCUCCAAUGACUGUGUUUAUGGAAGAGAGAAUGACGCAUACGAAAUUCAGUCGAUGUGGCUCUUAGACAUCCAAUAUCAGGGCCCAUGAACAAGAUUUGCUCA